AUGGCAGAGUGGAUGAGACGGUUGAAUCAGGUCACGGUGUGCACGAGUCAGCAAAUAAUUGCAGCAUCUAGCACAACGACAGUUCCUACGACCAACUCCGAAACGGUCCCACAGUUCCCUGCUGCCGGGAGUAACCAAAUUGUACCGCCGACAACAGCUUUUCCGUCAUGGCAACCUACUACUUUCGUUCCUGGUUAUGGACCGUACACUGUCAAUCCACCGCUAGUGUCUGGUGCUGUUCAUUCGACGCAGGUGAACUAUGGCCACCCAUCAUCGUACGCAGCGGGUCAAACUUCGGGCUACAUGCACGACUUCCAGCCCGGAGGAGGAGCAGUACCCCUGAAUUCAUCGACGCCAACAACGAAAACAACUUGGAUCAAUUCGGUAUCAGACUACACCAAUACUACGCAGUGUCUGCCGCCAACAAUUAGCUCAGCGGGACAGCUCGGAGGUUACCCGUCUCAAGGGGGAAGCGUAAGCCAACCGUAUCAGGCAACGAGUAGCCAAGUGCCUCUCCCGAAUCAGCAAGUGCCUGUCCUGAAUCAGCAAGUGCCGGCAAUGAACUGUGAAGCAAACGCACCCACAUCUCGUCAACUAGCGGCGAGACAUGUUAUGCCUAGGGAGCUGCCGGUGUUCAGCGGUAAUCCGGAGGAGUGGCCAAUGUUUUUUAGUGCCUUCAACACAUCCACAGAAGCGUGUGGGUAUAGUGAUGUGGAGAAUCUUGGUCGUCUUCAACGGUGCCUGAAGGGCGUCGCCCUAGAAUCAGUGCGCAGCCGACUCUUAUUGCCUGCAUCGGUGCCACAGGUGAUGCAGACGUUGCAGCUUCUAUACGGGCACCCGGAGCAGAUAAUCUAUGCAUUGCUUGCGAAGAUCCAUGAAGUUCCUGCACCCAAGGCAGAAAACCUGCAUACGCUUAUCGCCUUUGGGGUGGCAGUGCAAAAUUUCUGCGAUCAUCUGGAAGCUGCGGGCCAAGUGUUGCAUCUGUCCAACCCAGUGCUACUGCAGGAGCUAGUGGACAAGUUACCGGCAAAUCUAAAACUCGAAUGGGUGACGUUCAAACGUCAGUUCCUGGUGGCUGAUUUGCGCGUAUUUGGCAGAUACAUGUCGAAUCUGGUCUCAGCAGCGGCGGAGGUGUCCCUAACUCUGGAUUGUAAGGGGACGAAACCUAAGAAGGAGGAGAAGGCGAAAAGUUUGGUCAACGCUCAUCUUGCUUCAUCAAGCGCGACGGAUGCAUUGAAACCAAGUCCGGAAUCAUCGAAUGCUGUUGUGCCUGCUGCCUGUUUUAUCUGCGGCAAUCCGGAUCAUAGGCUCUUCAACAAAGACCAGACUAUCGACACGCUGGCCUUCAUCGACGAGGGCUCGUCCGUUACGCUAAUGAAGAAGAGUCUCGCUGACUUGCUUGAGGUUGCAGGAGUUAAGAAACGUCUGUGCCUGACCUGGACGGGAAACAUCACAUCGAGAUUGCGGGAACUGGAGCAAACGCUACGGUAUAAGGAACUGGCUGAACGCUAUGAACAUCUGAGGAAGAUGCCAAUAAAGGAUUUCGAAUGCGAAGCGCCAGGAAUCCUGAUCGGCGCGAAGAACACUCACCUCACCGCUACCCUACAAAUAAGAGAGGGUCAACUGGAUGAACCAAUUGCUGCCAAAACUCGCCUCGGAUGGGCAAUCUACGGGGCGAUACCGAAAGGAACGAUAUAUCCCAGCUACAACCUUCACAUUUGUGGCUGCGACACAGAGAGCGAGCUGCACGAGCUAGUGAAGCAAUACUUCACGGUCGAAAAUACGGGAGUUUCAGUAGACCGGUGCCCCGAAUCCGAAGAUGACAAGCGGGCUAGAGCGCUACUCGAAAGGACAACAAAACGGAUCGAAAACGAUUACGUAGAGUUUCCUGAAAGCUACGCCAUGGCGGUCCGACGGCUGCAGUACUUGGAGCGGCGAUUGAAGGCAAGUCCGGAAGUGUUCAAGAACAUACAGCAACAGAGAGUGGAAUACCAGGAGAAGGGAUACAUUCACGAAGCGACAGAGAUUAAACUAAGAUCAGCUGAUCCACGCCGGAUGUGGUACCUUCCGGUAGGCAUUGUACAAAACCCGAAGAAACCAAACAAGAUUCGCAUUGUAUGGGAUGCAGCGGCUGUAGUGGACGGAGUCUCCUUAAACAGCAAGCUGAUGAAAGGACCGGAUCUAGUGGAACCCCUACCGGACGUUCUAUCCGGCUUUCGGGAACGAAGCGUUGCAGUUGUGGGCGACAUAAAGGAAACGUUCCACCAGCUUAAGAUGCGUCGGGAAGAUCGUUAUAGCCAGCUGUUUCUUUGGCUUGGAGAGCUGGGACAACCGAUCAAGACCUUUGUAAUCGACGUAGCAACCUUUGAAUCAACGAGCUCACCAUGCUCGGCGCAGUUCGUAAAAAACUUGAAUGCAGCUGAGCACGCAGAGCGGUAUCCGAGAGCAGCAGAGGCAAUCCAGCGUCGCCACUACGUCGAUGACUAUCUGCAGAGCUUUGACAGUGAAGAAGAGGCGUGUCAAGUUGUAGAAGAGGUCAAACUGGUACAUAAGCAAGGCGGUUUCAUCAUCCGAAACUGGUUGUCCAACUCAUCCGCGGUCCUCAGACGGGUCGGGGAAGUUAAUCUAUCUCCAGCGAAGAUUGUCGGAGCGACCGACAGCCAAAUAGAGCGAGUGCUGGGGAUGCAGUGGAAAGCCGAAGAGGACGUGUUCGUCUUUUCCAGCGAUGUUAAGGUGGAAGCAGUCAGUCCUACGAAGCGGAGCAUCUUGCGCUGC